UGUUCACGUGACCGCCAAAUGUCAAAUCAUCUUGUGCGGGGUGAGUGACGGCCGAAAAAAUUCUUUCACCCCGGACGUAAUAAAGUAAAAUUUAAGUGCAAGAAAUGGAGAUUCGUAAGCUGAUUGAGUUGCUGAGGGCGACCAUCGACCCCAACCAGCGCCAGCAGGCCGAAGCCCAGUUGGAGCAGAUCCACAAGAUCAUCGGUUUCGCUCCCUCGUUGCUUUCGGUGGUGAUGAUGGCCGAUUGCGAUAUGCCGGUGCGACAGGCGGGGGCCAUCUACUUGAAAAAUCUCAUCUCGCAGAGCUGGCAGGAUAGGGAGGUUGAGGGCGGACAGCCACUGCCUUUCGCCAUACAUGAGCAGGACAGGGCCCUCAUCAGAGACAGUAUCGUGGAUGCGGUGGUGCAUGCACCCGAUCUCAUUCGCACGCAGUUGUGCACUUGCGUUCAUAAUAUGGUCAAGCAUGACUUUCCAGGCAGGUGGACUCAGAUUGUGGACAAGAUCAGCAUUUACUUAUCGAAUCCUGACCCCAGCGGAUGGCACGGAUCCCUUCUCUGUCUUUACGAGCUAGUGAAAAAUUUCGAAUAUAAAAAGGCCGACGAAAGAGGGCCUUUACACGAAGCUAUGAACUUACUAUUACCUCAACUUUAUCAACUUAUUGUUCGAAUAUUACCGGACGCUUCUGAUCAAUCGGUGCUUUUACAAAAAGAGGGUUUAAAAAUUUAUUUUGCUCUCACACAGUACAUGUUACCUUUAGAUUUGAUAACGAAAGAGGCUUUUGCGCAAUGGAUGGAAGUCUGUCGACAGGUUGUUGAAAGACCAGUUCCACCAGCUGCACUCCAACCAGAUGAAGAUGAAAGGCCCGAUUUACCAUGGUGGAAGUGUAAAAAAUGGGCCUUACACAUAUUAUACCGUAUGUUUGAACGUUACGGUUCUCCUGGUUUAGUUACCAAGGAAUACAACGAGUUUGCCGAAUGGUAUUUGCAAACUUUCAGUGCUGGUAUUUUGGAGGUUCUUCUUAGACAACUUGAUGGAUAUAGAUCGGGUCAUUGGGUGCCUCCAAGAGUUCUCCAACAAACCCUAAAUUAUUUAAAUCAGGCAGUUUCACAUGCUUACACUUGGCGUAUUCUUAAACCACACAUGCCGGCAAUUAUACAAGAUGUUCUUUUCCCUUUAAUGAGUUACUCUCCAGAAGAUCAUGAAUUAUGGACCGUUGAUCCACACGAAUACAUUCGAGUAAAAUUCGAUGUUUUUGAAGAUUUUGUUUCGCCAGUCACUGCCGCACAAACUCUGUUACAUUCAUCGUGCAAAAAACGCAAAGAUAUGUUACAGAAAGCAAUGACUAUGAUUACACAAGUCUUGACUAAUCCGGCAACAGAACCACCACAAAAAGACGGUGCUUUACAUAUGGUUGGUUCGUUGGCUGAUGUUCUACUAAGAAAGAAAUUCUACAGGGAACAACUCGAUCAACUGUUCAUUAAAUAUGUUUUUCCUGAAUUUAACAGUGAUCGAGGGCAUAUGAGAGCAAGGGCUUGUUGGGUAUUGCACUAUUUUGCCGAGUUUCCCUUCCGCCAGGAGAAUGUUUUGAUGGAGGCUGUUAAUUUGACGGUUAGGGCUUUGCUCCAUGAUACCGACCUUCCAGUCAAGGUGGAGGCGGCUAUUGCACUUCAAUCCCUCUUGAAUUAUCAAGACAAAUCACAAAAGUAUGUCGAACCACAAGUCAAACAAGUCGCCCAUGAAUUACUGACGAUAAUUCGUGAAACAGAAAACGAAGAUGUGACUGGAGUUAUGCAAAAAUUAGUUUGCGUUUAUACUCAACAAUUAGCUCCGAUAGCUGUUGAGAUUUGUCAACAUUUAACGGCCACUUUCAAUCAAGUUUUGGAUACUGAUGAAGGUUCAGAUGAGAAAGCAAUAACAGCGAUGGGUUUAUUAAACACUAUUGAAACCCUUUUGACUGUUAUGGAAGAACAACCAGAAAUAAUGAUGUUGUUGGAACCGACUGUCCUUCAAGUUGUUGUUCACGUGUUACAAAAUGAAGUUAAAGAGUUCUAUGAGGAGGUUUUAGCCCUGAUUUAUGAUUUAACAAGUAAACACAUAUCGCAAGAUAUGUGGAAAGUGUUUGAAUUGUUGUAUCAGGUGUUUAUGAAGAACGGUCUUGAUCAUUUUACAGAUAUGAUGCCAGCGUUACACAAUUAUAUAACAAUCGAUACACCGGCCUUUCUCAGUAACGAACAACGUCUUCUCGCUAUUUACAACAUGUGUAAAGAAGUGUUGAACAACGAUUGUGGCGAAGAUGCCGAAUCACAUGCUGUUAAAUUACUCGAAGUGAUUUUACUGCAAUGUCAAGGCAAAGUCGAUCAAGCUGUACCAAUGUUGGUCGAAUUGGCAGCAUCUCGAUUAUUACGUGAAGUCAAAACGAGUGAAUUGCGAACAAUGUGUCUGCAAGUUUUGAUAGCUGCACUUUAUUACAAUCCGGGAUUGUUGCUUUCGGUUCUUGAAAAAAUGCCGAAUUUUACCGAGAAUUUUGUCAAACAGUGGUUGCACGAUACGGACUGUUUUCUCGGAAUACACGAUAGGAAAUUGUGCGUUUUAGGACUGUGCACUUUAAUCACGAUGGAUAAUAAACCGAAUUGUUUGGUAGAAAUGGUGCCUCGUGUGAUACCUUCGUUGAUUUUGUUAUUUGAUGGCUUGAAGCGAGCUUAUGCGGCCAAAGCGCAAGAACAAGCCGAAGAAGAGGAGAGCGAAAGUUCAGAUGGGGAAAUUGAAGGAGAAGUUUUGAGUUCGGACGAGGACGAGAUUGAUGAUCAAGGUCAGGAAUAUUUGGAAAAUAUCUCACGAAGAGCCAUAACAGUGGGAAAUGCUGCCGGAAUGGCAAUCUCAGGCACAAUCAAUGACAUUGAUGACGAGUCCGACGAUGACGAUUCUGAUUUCGAACCGAAUGAAGAAACGAUGUUGGAAGCCUAUACAACACCAUUAGAUGAAGAAAAUUGUCCUGUAGAUGAAUACGAUGUUUUCAAAGAAGUCAUGACUAGAUUGGAACGUUGUCAGCCUGAAUGGUAUAAUGCCCUCACGGCCAAUUUAACCGAACAACAAAAGAAGAAUUUGGUAGAUAUUUGUGUGUUAGCGGAUCAGAGGAAAGCAGCCAAAGAAAGUAAAAGAAUUGAACAAUCGGGAGGUUUUAUGUUUACACAACAUGAAGUACCCACAACUUUUAAGUUUGGCGCUCCAAAACCGUCAUGAAUAUAUGUGACGUGGUGUGUAAAAUUUUUGUGACUGAAUGUAAAAUUGACUGUUAAGACCAGUGAAAUGAUGUACAGUUGGUAAUUUAAUCUUUUUUAAUUUUUAUUAAGUGCCUUUUUAUUAAACAAAAAAAAAACGGAUGUAAACGAUUUAAAUUUACCUAAUAUAGAUUUAAAUGGAAGUUUAUUUUCCGUGUAAUUGUAAUUAUUUUUCGACUGUGUCUCUUUUGUCUCAUUUGUUUUCUUCUUUAGGGAAAGACAAUGUAGUAAAUUACAUUAUUUCUAUAAUAUACUGAAAGGUGUUAAGUUAUUGCAUUUUAAUAAAGAAUUGCUUCGAA